CCACUGUCCUGUCUCUACGCCGGAAGUUCUAUACGAUGAAGAAGACGACGACGAAGAAGAUGGCCGCCUGGAUUGGUGACGUGAAGGCGCAGGCAUUCGAGAUGGAGGCAGCCGGGGUCGAUCUCACUGAUCUCGACAUCAUCUUGGCGAUUACCAUGGGCCUCCCCUCAUCCUACGACUCCCUCAUCAUCUCCCUCGACGAUACCCCCGCCGAUCAGCUCACCCUCGACUAUGUGAUCGGGCGCCUGCUCAACGAGGAGACGCGCCAGCUGUCUCGGCCAUCCCGUGCCGUGGCCGAGGACGCGGCUUCGCCCGUCCUUGUUGCCCGCUCGGUUGAUGCCGAACGCGUCACGUGCCACUUCUGCAACAAGAAGGGUCACUACAAGUCGGAUUGCCCGGAGCGCAUGGCUUGGGAGGUCGCAAAGGCGAUGAAGGUGCAGCAGGAGGCGAACCUUGCAGCAGAGGACGUUGACGACGAUGACUACGCUUACUGAUUAUCGCUUCUGGGGGUGACGU